UGUAUAUCAUGGUAUGUAACACCUAACAAUUCAUUCGGUGAUAUCGAAUGCACUAUGAUCAGUUUACUUCUUACACAUGUUUAUCUAGACUGUAUACACCAUGAGCGAGCUCGGGCUUUAAACGUUUACCUCCAGCGAGAACCACACUAACAUACUGAAUGUAUUUAACCUCUCAACGGAGUUGUAAACUUCCUUGUAUUUUGCACACAGCUCUGCAUUAUCGACAUAAUCGUCACAGCAGGUCACGUGAUUUGAGCUGACUUGUCCGCCGGUUAGCUUAAUCUGUUAUCUUGAAAUGGAAACUACGAUAUAUUCGUGUUACAUGUUCAAGUGUGGGUGUGUGUUUAUGUAAUUAACGUUUAAACUAUUGCAUGUAAGUGUACGUUAAUAAAAUCCAGUGAUAUUCGUGGAUGGUGUAUAUAUUAAUUAUUUCUAUAUUUAUUUUUAAAGGAUUGCCUAUGAAGUUACUCAACCGGUAAUAAUCAGCUACGAUCAAUAACCUGAGUGCUAAUUUUCAUGUGAAGUUACAACAUAAGUAAAUAUGGCCGAAAGACUACGCCGAUACAAGCUCAGUCCGCAUCUGUAUCCACGUUUCCAGUAUGCUGUAACAGAAGUCGAACGUGCGCACCGGAAGUUUGAUAAGUUAACAAAACAAUGUGGACUCACGGAUAACCAAGCACUGCCACCAUUUGGAUUUGUUUAUGUGAACAUUCUAGAAACUGAAGGUCAUCCAUUGAUAGAAGAGGAACAUCUCACUCCAAACAAAAUAGAUGAUAAUAUUGAGUUCGACACCGUCAGCCAUGCCAAGGCUAAGGACAUGUUUGAUAAAGCACCUAAUAAUCAAAAAUAUCCGACCGUUUAUGUAACGAAGUAUAGCGGUUACAAUGAUUUGCCGGACUACUUUGGAAAUUUGACAAUCUUGAUCAAUAAUGACCAUAACCACGUUGGUAGCACGUUUUCUAAGUACGAGGAUAUAUACAUUUGUGUUUCAAAUCAUGCAAACUUUGCCAAAGACAUCAGCAAUAUGUUGGAGCGCUACGUCUUUUCUCACAUGCGUUACAAAACCGAGCUGCUGGAUCGCAUCACAAGUGCAGAAAUGAACACAGAUUACACACACGAUCUAGGUCGUGCUUUGGAAAAUAUCCAGAUCAAGCAAUUACCCUCAGGUCCAGUGGCAUCGUUCGCAAAACUAACACUACGCAGGGUAGUGUCUAGUCCAGAAGCACUACAAAAACUAGUCGAAGCGAGUCUGAAUAGUGGUGUAGAUAUGAAGAUGCAUGUCGAGACCGCUGUUAAGAUGAAACCAAAGCUAAUGCAAGCCGUUGCUGAAAUUCGAACCAUGUUCAAGCGCAGCAGGGUUCCACAAGACGAACAUCCAAAACUCCGUGACCGUCAGCAACAUUUCGAUGAAGAGGUUGCGAAUGAACUUUUCAAAGAAGUCCCUGAAGUCCUUGGAGUUGGAUACAGGCUAGACACACUGAUAGUAAAUUUGAAUUCUUCAAUCCAAGACGAUAAGGCCUCUAUUGACAAGAUCCAAUCCAAAAUUGUGAAGUUCCUUCAAUCUCGGAACAAACAAAUACCAGACAUCACUUUUCGUUUUUGUAAAAGCGAAAUAAUGAAAUAUGCGCAUGGCGAUCAGACAGUCGGAGAUUGCAUUACAACAGGAUCUAAGCGCGGAACACUUGGCGGUUUUGCUUGGAAAGGGACGUCUGAAGAUGAGAAAUGUUGCCUUAUAUCGGCUAAACAUGUUUUAGAUGACGAAGAGGAGAAGAAUGUUUUACAAGUAUCAACGAACGGCAACAAAAUUAUCGCCCAGACUUUGCGCCGAAGAGAUGAUCUUGAAUACUUGUUGCCGGUCGAUAUUGCAGCUGCGCGACUAAUAGUCGAUUCAAUAACGAAACCUAGUCUAUUAGAUUCGACCGGCGCUGAAAAACCAUGCAGAGUGUAUGACUAUGGAAACCGAGAGCAAUUAGAAUCCUUGAAUGGACUUAUGGUUCACCUGUGGGCGGUGAAUUCUAAACCUGGUAAGGGCAAAAUAACUACGCCGAAAUAUUAUCGACGCCUUGGUGCAACGAUUCAAAACAUAAUUGGCAUUGAGGAUCCCGACUCGGAUGAUGAGGAGAGGGAUGGCGCCUCUGUUGGUACAAAACUGGCUACCUUUGGAGACAGUGGUUCGCUUGUCUGUGCAGACACGCCAGAUGGCGACUUUAUACAUGCGAUUGGAAUGUUAAUGGGAGAGGACCCAUAUCACGGUGAAUCGGCAGAUGAAAAUACAAAAAUGUACGUGUCGUGUGACCUGCAGUCUGGGAUUGAACACAUGGCAGACAAAUACCAAGAUACGUUCAGGUUGUGUAACAGUAUUUAAUAACAAUAGAAAGCCCAUGUUUGGUAUUUCAAUCAAUUUUAGUUUGCUGUGUGUUACUACUUAUUGGUAAUACAAUUUUAUUGAUCGCAAUGUAAAUACAAUUAAGUGUAUAUUUUAAAGUGUACUGGUAAAAUUAUUGUUUGCUACAAAUUACUUUUUGCAUAUUCCGUAAUUAACGCAAAUGAAAUUAAAAUUAUUUAGCGUAGGACAUACAAAUAGGCUAUGUACAAAUCAGUUUGUAAGAGAUUUCUUUUCUUUCAUUCUACUUUAUGUUGAUAGAAUUAUGCAUAAUAAUUGCUAUAUAUGGAAAUUAUAUCAUACGCAUGCAUUUAAUAUAACCUUCACUUAGGUGACAGCUUAAAACUCAAAUAUAGGGAGAUCACAUUUAGGGAACAGGAGUAUGUACAAGAACCAUUAAUCUUGCUCUCAUAUUUUUUUUAUGAAACCUCUUUUGUUUAUUGUUUUGCAUAAAUGUUGUCAGGUGCAUAUCUUGAACACUGAAAAAGGUAUCAACUUGAAACCUCAAAGGUAGAUAUACCUAAUAAACGUUUGGUAAGUGCACAGAUAUCAUACAUUUUGCUCGCGUAUGUGUAAAGUUGUUGCUAUUUGCUAUUUGUGUUAUUAGAUUUUGUCCGGAGUAUAUCGUGAAAACAAACAGAGGUACCAACUUGAAACUGUAUAGGUAGGUAGAUCUCAUUGGUAUGUACAGUGCACAUGAACAAAAACUUUGGCUUCCAUAUAUUUUCAGUUAUUGCCCUUAGCAUAUGAAUGUAUUGAAGUUUUGUCCGUAGCAUAUCUUGAAAACAAUAAGAGGUUUUAAACUUAAAACUUAAUCAAAGUAUAUCUCAUUGAGUGGAUGUGAAGUAAACAGUAGCCAUUACUGUCGGUUCAAUAUUUUAAUAGUAAUUGUUAUUGAGUAGUUUUCAUGCAUACAUUUUGUCCAGAGAAUUUAUUUUGGAAAGCAUAAUAGGUAUAAAAUUCAAGCUCUAUUUGUAGCUUCAUCUCGAUCAGGGGAAGUGCAGUGCAAAUUUACCAUAAUUCCUGAUUUCAUAAUGAGUUUUUGUCCAUUGAGAACUCCUGUUGAAAAGUUGUCCAAUGCAUAUCUUGACUAUGAGGUAUCAAGAUGAAACAUGUAGAAAACUUGCUUUGUAAUAAACCCGUUUUGAUACUGAACUGCUGAGAGGAAGGUAUUCUAGUUCUAGUUAUCAUUUUUAUACCCAUACUUUAUUGAGAUUACAAGUAUCGUACUAUUGGACACGACAUUAAACGUUGUAUAUAAAUUUGGUCAUGAUUUUUUUUUAUUUUGUUUGCUAGUUAAACAUUUCAAUCGCUUUUCGUAUGACAUUUUUAAUGUGCCAUAUAUUUAAAUGUUUCGUUUGGUGAUCUCUUGAUUUCAGUUCGUGUAUUCGUGAAUUGUACAUUACUUCACAUGCAAUACAUAUAAUUUACUUCAUAUGGAGUACAUAAUUCAUUAAUUGUGACUUGUAUUUACGAAGAUCUUGUUAUCAGUAUUUUAGCAAAGAAAUACACGUGUCAACAUUAAACUCUUUUUAUAAUCAUAAGUUAAAUUAUAAAAUAAUGAAGUAAAAAUGCAAAACCUCAAAGCAUAUAAUGCGUGUUCCGUACUGAUUGAGGAUUAUUCUAUUUCAUUUCAUUUUCAAUUUUGCACACGUGAUAUUGUUUGUGCAUACAAUUUACAUAUAUUUGGAAUAAGUGCCAAAAUAGUGCACACAACGCAUUCUAAAAUGUUUAUAGAAGAAUGAAUUUUGAUAUAACGUGCACUUUAAAUUAACAUGUUUGCGUGCACGUUAAGUUAGUUUGUGUUGAGCAAUAUUCAUCCUGUUGUGGUUAUAUCAAUUUUAGUAUUAUUUUGAUUAUGUAAGGUAACAUUGUGAAUAUAUCAUGUGUAUGUAUCAUGUUUUGACCUAUUUUAUAUGACAAUCCUUUACCGGGUCAGACAUAAUCUGGUUUAAGUUUUAGGUUUCUGGGUCCAUUGAAAGAAAACCCCACGUUAAUUGCCCAAUCUUUAUGGAACUUAGUCACAUGAUUUGAACUAAUGUUUUUUUUUCGAUAACGGUCAUGAGGAAUCCCAAAAUGGAUUACUGGGUGUUCUAUAAAAAAACAACUUGUUAACACUCUAUAUAGGCGACAUUUAUUACCAAAUGAUCAUGAAACUUGCUGCGAACAUGCUUUGAACUUAUAUCUCAACCGAGUUUGAAACUGGGUCACGUUGAAAUAUAAGCUAGAUCCUAAGUCAAAUUUAAGAGAAAGACUGUUAAAACUCUUGAUGUAACAUUUAUUGAAAAAUCUUCGCGAAACUUUGUCAUAACAUUUUGUCCCAUAAUAUCUCUUACGAGAUCGUUACUGGGGCACUUGGUGUCAACAUUUAGGUGCCUUGUCCGAAUUUCAGAAAACGAUUGUGAAAACUAUUCAACCCAUAUGUAUUACCCACUAUUUAUGAAACUUGGUAUGCUCAUGUUUUUGUUGUUGUUGUUGUUUUACCAUUGAUUUAGAAAUGAGUCCAGUCAUUUGUAAAAAAAAAGCUAUAAUUAAAUACUUUAGAAUCAAACGUGUAACCCAAUUAUCAUGAAACUUGCUAAGAAUAUUUUACAAAAAGCGUUGAUAAUGGUAUAAUAUAUGAUAGCUGUACGCGACUAUUUAGUAAGUGGUGCGUUAUAAUGUUUGUUGAAUGUAUGUACUGAAAAUUAAAAGUCAGUACCUACAGACCAUAAUUAGAUCCAUUUUAUAUAUAACAAUUCUUCAUAAAGAAUAUUAUUUGAAACGUUUCUUAACGUGAAUAAAAUAUGUUCUGUUCUUAAUAUUGCCCUAACCCUGUUCCCUUUUUAGCACCCUGUAACUUUUUUCGUAAAAGGUGUUUCCCUAACUGCUACCGUUUGUCAUUUAUUACGAGUAUUACUUGGUUAACAUGCGAUUUGUAUGAGCUUACUUGAUAUAGAAUAUACAAGUAUAUCAGUCAAUAUUUGCAUCACUAUACCUAUAUAAUAUUCAUGUACAUGUCUACAAACAUAACGAAAUGCAAUCAUCUCAAUAAAGAAGCAUAUAAUACUGGCAUAAUUAUA